UAAAUAUAUCGAAAUUAAUAGUUGUUCCCAUUUAAUCCGGUUUGUUUGUCCGCCUUGUGACGUGUUUUUAUGUUGUUUUCAUCCUUAACCUGAUGUGCACAUUAUUUUUCUUGUAGCUUUAAAACAUCUUUUUUCAUUUUUUUCUCAUUCUCAUCCAAUAUUUCACACAGUGCUGAGAUUUUAUACUAACGUUCACUUUUUGAAUAUUUUCAAAGGACAAUAAGUGGCUGUGUGUUAAUUAGCACAGACCAUAGAGGAGACAACAGUAUUAAAAGCAAGAGUCUUCACCAAUCCUGUUCUUUUCUAUAUCAUUUAUAUGAUUGUUGUUUAGUGUUUCAUUUCUAUGUAAACUCUGUCUCACCGAUGAUCUAUAUUACUCUGUGAUAUUUUUAAUAUUGCUUAUAACUGUAAAUCAAUUGACUUCACUGAAAUUGUCUUUUAGUGACUAUCAUCAUGUCUAAUGAACCCGCUACCUUACCCUUUUCACCUGAAUCACAAGAUCAACCAUCACUAUCAACAGAAAUGGAUAAUGGAUCAAAGCAGAAAAAAAUUAAGAAAAAUGGUGAUGGCGAGAAUGAGAGUGUUGGAACAGACUCUUCUGAAAAUGAAUACGAUUUCACGACUGCAUAUUUAGCUCCUACACAAGCACCAAAAGAGUUUAAAUUACCUGAAACUGUUACUGUAUUAGAAGGACCGCAUGGAAGUAAAGUUUACCUGAUUGGGACUGCCCAUUUCAGCGAAAAGAGUUGGCAAGACGUUGAGCAGGUCAUCCGCCAUGUUAGGCCUAACGUUGUUGUAUUAGAGUUAUGUAAAAGCCGGUUAUAUAUCCUUGAAUAUGAUGAAAAGACUGUUCUCGAAGAAGUUAAAAAUAUGGGAGUAUCGAAAAUACGGAGCAACAUUAAUCAAUAUGGUUUCGUCCAGGGUAUUAUUUCAGCUCUUCUGAUUAGUUUAUCAGCCCAAUUGGCUAAACAUCUCGGCAUGUUGCCUGGUGGCGAAUUCAGAACCGCAUUUCGCGAGGCUAAACAAAUUCCAGGAUGUGUAAUUCAUUUAGGUGAUCGACCGGUCCAUAUAACUCUAACUCGUGGCAUAUCUUCCCUCAAUUUCUGGCAAAAGAUGAAAUUAAUUUAUUCAAUUUUAUCGAAUAAUGAGUCAAUAUCUAAAGAAGAAAUUGAAAGAUGCAAAGAAAAGAGUUCUCUAGAUCAAAUGUUAAAUGAAAUGGCUCAAGAAUAUCCACCUUUAAGCAAAGUUUUUGUUGAUGAACGUAAUACUUAUUUAACGUACUCUCUUCAACUGGCUGCAUCGCCGAUCCCUUGUCCUCAGACCAAAAAGCUAGUUCCAUCCGUUGUUGUUGGUGUUGUAGGAAUUGGACACGUUCCGGGUAUCAAAGAAUGCUGGGGAAAAGUAACCGAUGCUGAUAUUCCACCUUUAUUAAAAAUUCCAGAGAAAUCGUUAACCUCUAAAAUUGUAGAGAAAAGUGUUAAAAUUUCCGUUCUAAGUAUAAUGCUUUGGGCUGGAUAUCGCUACCUCGCACCUAAGUCUUUAACCAAUUUCAUCUCUUCCAUGCCUAAUCGGGUACAGGACCUUUUUAUCAAAUAAUAGUUCAAUUUAUAGUAACGUUUUUAGAUGAAAUAACAGAGUAGAAAAACAAUCCAAGCCAUGAUAUCUUCAUGAUAACCUCAGCAUGGAUCAUGUUUAUUUCUAUCGAGUGUUACCUUUUUCCCAAAGUGAUAUGUACAUACAUAUCUAAAGACACACAUCUAAAUAAGAUUCAAAAUUUUAUCAUCUAUGUAUUACAAAAUUUAAUAUGCAAACAAUUGAAUGUCACCUAUUUCAUUAAAUAGUCAUUUUCAAGUUACAUUUUCAUGUUUUAAGAUUAACUAAGACACGUUUAUAAGAAAAUUAAAGAAAAUCAUUUUCAUUCAA